CAGUUCAUGGAAGGCCAAGAUGCCCGUCACACGCGACGUCCUUCGAAGCUUCGGCCGUUCCGCCAGGACAACCCUGCUGGCUGACACCGCAACUUCUGCAGCAGUGAGGGCGAAGGUCGAGGACUUCAGGGCCGGCGAGAAGUGGGCAAAGAACUUCGUGAAGCGCAACAACAUCCACAGCGUGCGACUUCAUGGCGAGGCUGGUAGCGUCAACAUGGCGGCUAUCAAGGAGGGCAUGGACGAAGUCAGGGCCCUUUGCGCGAAGUACCCGGCUAGGUUCAUCUUCAACGUCGACGAGACAGGCCUCCAGUGGAAGCUCCUGCCCAGGCGCACGUACCUUUCCACCUCGGAGGAUCGGAAGACGGCGCGGGGUUCAAAGAGCAUGUACUUCAAGGACCGACUGUCUGCCUUCAUGUGCUGCAACGCCGACGGCACUGCGAAGGUUGACAUGGCCAUCAUCGGGAGGGCAAAGGAACCCCGCUGCUUCAAGAGCGCGCCUUCACCUCUCAAGUACUACUCGCAAACCAACGCGUGGUCCGACUCUGCGACGUUCCUCAAGUGGUGGCUUCAAGUCUUCCUCCCGUUCGUUCGGCGCUUCACUCACGAACCUGUGCUGCUGCUGAUGGACGGCUGUGCCUCUCACGGUGAUCUCGUGGAUGACCGGGGGCAAGUGACCGUCAAGUUCUACCCUCCGAAGUGCACCUCCGUACACCAGCCCAUGGAUCUGGGGAUCAUUGCCAAGACGAAAGUGGUCUUCAGGAAGGAGUUGCUCGACGUGAAGACAUCAACUAUGUUGGUGGCUGACACACUUCGCGCCCAGGCGAAAGCCCGCAAGAUGAAGGCCGGGACAAUGGGGCUGGCGCAAGGGCACCAACCUCAUCUGCGGGACGCCGCAGAACUUCUCAAGAAAGCAUGGGCCAGCAUCACCGCCCAGGAUAUCGCCAGGUGCUUUGUCAAGGCCGACACGCUUCCGUCAGAGAUGGCGGCUGAGCUCACCACACAACACGGAAAGACCCGGUUCAGCAUCGCCGAGCCUGACCUGAAGGCUCUCACGGAGACCGUCAACAAGUUGAGCACGAGCGUCGGCGAAGCGCAAAAGCAAGGAGCCGGCAUCGUAGACGAGGAAAUCAGCGAGCUCUUCGCAGAACUCGACAUCGAACCCGGAAAGCCGGUCGAGGAAGAAGCGGUGAGCGCGAUUCGGGGGUGGGCUACCAUCGAGGACGACGAGGAGGUGACGGAGGCUCUUCGACUGGACGCAGCGGACGAAAUGGCGGAACUGCUGGCUGGAAUGCAAGUGACUACCGGCGGUGAUGAGGAGGACGAAGUGGAGGGCAGUGACGAUGACAACUCGGGGCCCGAGCGCCGUGCUCCACCCGAUUAUACUGAGCUGUCGCCUCACUUCAGCGUCCUGGAAGCGGCAGCAGAUGAGAGUGGCAACGCAGACGCGGCGUUCUUCCUAACGAAAGCGAAGAUGGCGAUGAUUGCAGCGCAUUCCGCUAGGCGGGUGCGCCAGGCAGACAUGAGAGAGUUUGUUGCUGGUACAGAGGACGAAGAAGACGACGAAGCUAUGGACGACGCUGCGGACGACCAGGCGCUGGUGCUGCGACCACCGUGCCCGCAGCCGAGCUCGCCAAUGCGACCUCACGGAAGCGCAAUCAUCAUCAACAACCACAACAACGUUCGAGGCACGCUCGUCCUGCUCCAACUUCAGACAGGCAGGCAGAUCGCUCGCAUCGAUUCGUUGAGGCGGGCGGUACCGCUCUACAAUUGGGCAACGAUCCGGCGCCCCCCGCAGCAGCUUGCUGCGAGGCGGAGGAUGCUGAAGCGCAUCGUCAUGGGGAAAGCGCAAGCGGCGCUCGCCGGGACCUCCUACAGCAGCACCCGCAGAGUCGCCAGCAGCGUUACCAGGGACAUGGGCAACCACGCACCUCAGGUUCUGGGUGCUGUCACUAGCGCCGCCACAGAUGUCGCCGAGCCACACCUGCUUCCCUCCGCGAUGACGACGGUCGCCAAGCUCAACGGCGGUCCUCUCGGUGGCGCAAGGCCGGCCAUCAUGAUUGCCACGGCGAUGGAGACGCUGGCGGCGCCGGUGCCGGCGGCGGUGUUGAGCCUGACCUCCUCGACACCCGCUGAGUCUUCCGCCGCCGUGUGCAAGACGGCGGGCAAUCAUACCACCGAUGUGACCCCGCUGCUGCUGCCGUCGUCGGAGUCAAUGUCGACGGCCGCCCCCUCCCGCGGAAGGUCCACUUCUCCACGGGAACGCGGCGGGCGCCCGCCGUCCCCGUGUCGGUGGCCGCCAUCGUUCUCCCGCUCCCCAUCUCCACGACGCUCAGGUACGGCCGUGCGCGCGGCAGCGGUGGAUGCUUCUUGUUGGUCCGCUGCUACUCGGCCGGCCGCCUUGAGUCUGGAAGAAGAUUUCAGCUCUGCUGCCUCGGUGCAGGUCAAUAGCUCCAAGCAGGGGUCACAAUACGUUGGCGCCCUUGAUGCUCUGGGAACUCCUCCGCUCACCCCGGUAUCUGCUGUUCAGUCUCCUGCUUCCGCCAUCUCCGCGGGUUCCAACUAUGCGUCCUUCUUCGGAAGGAGUUACGGCCUCGACGACCAUGACGGUGACCUUCCGGAGAAGGGGGACAAGGCAAGCCUGUCCGUCCUACCAGCGUGUGACAAUCGUGCCUCAAGCGUCGACGUCGGCUUCGAGAACUUCCAUCCCGUCGUGGACUGGGCCGAGCCCGGUGAGGUCAGGGCGGUCUUCAUUCAUAACGUGAUUGAACGCCAGGCGUCGACGGUGGGAGAAGGCUGCGCGCUUGUGCGGGCGGCCCGCGUCGCUCCCGGCGGGAGCAACGGCGGGGGCGGGGCGAGCUCGCCGUUACGAGCGGGUGGAGCCUUCGGAGAGGGACCGUUGGGCGUCGUCGAGGGUGCCAGCCUCAGCUUCCUGCCAGGGGAGUUCCCGCUGAAGAGGCUAACGGAGGUGAGAGGCCCCGCGGCCUGA